AUGGCUGUUGGGUUCUUUGAUGUCCUCUCGGGCCUAUUCGGCUGGGUUUACACGCUGUGCUGGUCGCUGUCCUUCUACCCACAGCCGCUGCUCAACUUCAGUCGGAAGUCUACGUCCGGCACCACCGUCGACUUCCCGCUCAUCAACUGCCUGGGUUUCCUGUCCUACCUCAUCUCCAACCUCGCCUUCUACUACAGCCCCGUAGUACGCGAGCAGUACGCGGCACGGCACGAUGGCCACACGCCAGCCGUGGCCUUCAACGACAUCGUCUUCGCGGCGCACGCGCUGCUCCUCUCGGUGAUCACGACGUCGCAGUACUUCCUCCCGGGAACGUGGGGGUUCACGCCGUCGGCGGGCAACCGGCCGAGCCGGUUCAUCACGGGCACGGCGCUGGGUUGCACGGCCGGGGUGUUGGCGGUGGUGGUCCUGAUCGCGGGGGUGUCGGAGUCGCCGAGCGGCUCGGUCGGGGCGGCGACGUCGUGGUGCUGGCUGGACGCCGUGUACGCGGUGGGCUACGUGAAGCUGUGGAUCACGCUCAUCAAGUACACGCCUCAGGUGGUCGCCAACUUCCGCAACAAGAGCACGGUCGGCUGGAGCAUCUGGCAGAUCCUGCUGGACUUCUCGGGUGGCGUGCUGAGCAUCGCGCAGCUCGUCAUCGACAGCUCGCUGCAGGGCGACUGGAGCGGCGUCACCGGGAACCCCGUCAAGUUCGCCCUCGGCAACGUCUCCAUGGUGUACGACCUCGUCUUCUUCGCGCAGCACUACGUCCUGUACCGCGGCAACGACGGCGGAAAGCACGGCGAGAGGGAGGCCCUGCUGGAGAAUGGGGAGACGCACGGGCGGAUAGAUUGA